AUGCCAGCAACUCUAGAUCAUAGCCAAAGAAUUUGUGAAGUUUGGGCUUGGAACCUGGAUGAGGAGAUGAAGAAAAUCCGUCAAGUGAUACAGCAGUAUAAUUAUGUUGCCAUGGACACCGAGUUUCCAGGUGUGGUUGCAAGACCCAUUGGACAAUUCAGAAGUAAUGCCCACUAUCAGUACCAGCUUUUGAGAUGUAAUGUUAACUUGCUAAAGAUAAUUCAGCUUGGAUUGACAUUUAUGAACGAGCAAGGAGAAUACCCUCCAGGAACCUCUACAUGGCAAUUCAACUUCAAGUUUAAUUUAACUGAGGACAUGUAUGCCCAGAACUCCAUCAAGGUCCUGACAAAGGCAGGGAUCCAGUUUAAAAAGCUAGAGGAAGAAGGAAUUGAGACAGAGUAUUUUGCAGAACUUCUCAUGACAUCGGGUGUUGUGCUGUGUGAGGGGGUCAAGUGGCUUUCAUUUCACGGAGGCUAUGACUUUGGCUAUUUGAUCAAAAUCCUGACCAACUCUCACCUACCUGAAGAAGAGCUGGACUUCUUUGAGAUCCUGCGAUUGUUCUUUCUGGCCAUCUAUGAUGUCAAGUACCUCAUGAAGAGCUGCAAGAACCUCAAGGGUGGACUGCGGGAAGUGGCUAAGCAGCUUGAGUUGGAAUGGCGAGGCCCCCAGCACCAGGCAGGAGCUGAUUCCUUACUGACAGGAAUGGUCUUUUUCAAAAUGAGAGAAACGUUCUUUGAAGAUCACAUCGACGAUGCCAAGUACUGUGGGUACCUGUACGGCCUUCAUUCGGGCUCUUCCUAUAUGCAGGAUGCUUAUGAAGAGGAGGCCAACAAACAGUCUUAA